AUGGUUACUUUCUUCAUUCAGGCACUAGAAUCGCAGUACUAUGAACGUUUAGUGACAAUGGGCGGAAAAACUUUUGCAGAAGUGAUCAAAGCUGGAGACAUGAUUGAAGAUGACAUUAAGACAGGGAGAAUAACAAGUCUAGUGGCAUUGCAGUCUACUAGUAAGGCCAUACAAACUGGUGCUCUCAGAAAUGAAAAGAAAAAGGAAAAGGAAGCGGCAACGGUAAUAGCUCUGGGAAGCACCUCAUACCAUCGUCAACAACCUCCGCGGUACCAGUCUAACACUCUCCACUCACAAUAUUUCCAAUAUUCGUCACAUCCAUACAACCAAGCUUUGCUAUAUUACCAACCUCAAUCACCACAAAUUUCAUACCCCAUCUACAACACACAAUCAACAUAUCGAGCUCCACGACCACCGACAUACCAAGCUCCACCACCACAAUUCCAUCAUCCAAACAAUGCACCCGUACCUCGUCCAAGUAGACCUUUUCGUAAUUUUACACCGUUAGGAGAGCCAUUGAGCGUUGUUUUUGAAAGACUGCAAGCUUCAGGCUUAUUGUAUCCUGUGGAGGGUAGAAUUCCAGAUCCACUACCUAGAAGUUUUGAUCCCACUAAAACAUGUGCAUAUCAUUCGGGGGUAAAAGGCCAUUCCACUGAUCGUUGUUACGCAUUGAAACACAAGGUUGAAGAUCUUAUUGAAGCAAAACAGAUCAUGGUCAAACAACCGGCACCAAACGUGGACAACAAUCCACUCCCGACCCAUGAUGGAGCCUUGAUAAAUAUGAUUAGAGUAGAUGAAAGUGAUGACGAUCCGGCCAAAUUUAUAGUGCCUGUAGAUAGUGUGGAAGAUCAUGGUCUUGUAGCCAUUGCUUAUUCGGCUAUAGUGGUAAGAGGUUUUGUACCUGUCGAGAUAUUAGGAGCUUCAUCAACACCUGUGGAAGUAGUUCAAGCACCAAAUCAGUUGCCAGUGCUCGAUACCAAAGCCGUACCAUGGAAUUAUCAACAAGCUGUGAUGGAAUGUCGAGGAAAUGAAACGAUCAUUGACAAGACUAAGACGUUAAGAAUGACAAGGUACGGAAGGUGCUAUACCCUGGAAGAGCUAGCUAGAUCGAGGCAAACUAAAGAAAGCAAUGUGCCUCCAAAAAGGGCUAUGACAAAAGCCGAGGCAGAAGAAUUUUGGAGAAAAAUUAAGGCCAGUGAAUACUCUAUUGUGGAUCAGUUGAAAAAGACCAAUGCCCAGAUUUCUAUCCUUUCUUUACUUUUGAGUUCGGAUGUACACAAAAAUGCACUUUUGAAGAUUUUGAGUGAAGCAUGUGUUCCGAUUGGAACAACUGGUGAGACAUUAGCUGGAAUGGUUGGGCGCGUGCUUGACAGUCAUCGAAUCAGCUUUGAUAAUAAAGAACUGCCACCAGAGGGAUGUAGUCACAACAAAGCACUCCAUAUAACUAUCAAGUGUCGCAACAUGUUUGUGUCUAAAGUGUUGAUUGAUGGAGGCUCUGGACUUAACAUUUGUCCACUAACAAGUCUGAGAAAGAUCGGAUAUAAUAUUAGCGAGCUUAAGACAAGUGAUAUGAAUAUUUGA